AUGGGGAAAGUGGAUAAUCCAAUCGAUACCAUACUCCAAAAGAAGGGCUUUGGAAUAUGGCCUCAAGACGUUGUACAAGUGGAACAAGAUGAUCCGUUGAUUACUGCGUUGAAUAUUGAAUAUAGAUUUCAACAACAUUUAACAAUAAACAAAUUGGAUGGAUUGAUUCCUUUACAAAACCCAGAUUCUAAAAUAGAUCUUUUCAUUGAAGAGUCCAAGUCAUUGCUGGCAUUGUCUUCUGGACUUGAUCCAAUAACAAAAUUCAUAUUAUUGAUCAAUGUGGGACAUUUUAAGUUUAUUCAAAAUCAAAUUAAUGAUUCUAUUGAUAUUUUAAAAGCUGCAGAUUUAAACUUUGGUUCUCAUGCAAAUAAUUAUAUUCAAUCAUUAUUUUAUAGAAAGCAUUUUCUUUUGGCUAAUUCAUAUCAUCAAUUACAAGAUUUCACAAAUGAAGAAAAAUGGUUAAUUACAGGUGUUAAUUUCUUUGAUAAGAUUCCUACAUUAUCUAAUAUUGAAUCUUUAAAAUGGUUAAAUUUAAUAUAUUCCAAAGUUUUAAGAUUAAUUUCAACACCAACUGUGAGUAAAUUGGACAAAUUUUUCCAAAAUAAGAAUUUCAUCAUGUCUUUUAUUGAUUAUUCAAUUGAUCAAGGUAUUAAAUAUGAUCCAAAGGAAUUGAUAAAUUUUGUCACAACAAGGUCAAAUUCAUUAUUAUCUUCAACUAAAUUCCCCAAAUCUGAUGAAUUGAAUAAUUAUGAAUUGGAGGAAUUUUUAAGCCAAGUUAAUGAUUGUAAAUUGAUCAAACCAGAAUUAAGUGCAGAUUUAAUAGAGAAGGGGAUCAAUAAAACUUAUCAAUCACAUAUUUUAUUACGUGCAUUAACUAAGAAUCUGUUAAUUUUGGGUAAAAAAGAGGAAAGUUAUCAUAGUUUUGAAGUUUAUGUUGAUUAUAUUGAAAGAUAUUAUGUUCAAAAUAAUAAUUCAUUUAAUGAUAUAUUGAGUAUUUUAAACACUUUUAAAUUAAUGUUGAGCUUUAGGUUUAGGGGAAAUAAAUCAAGUGAUGAUUUAACUUUAGAAGAAUAUGAUCGUUAUGUUUCAAUAUUGAACAAAUUUAAAAAAUUAUUGGGAAAUUUUUAUGAUGAUAAUGGAGUUUUGAAGAUUGAACAAGAUUUUGAUUUAUUAGAUGAAGAUUCAUUAUUAUUAAAUGUUAAUAAUGAUAAAUUGAGACAAUUUUUAUCAGAAAUAUGGUAUACAUUGGCAAUUUCCAACAUUAGAUUAUAUAAAAGUUCAUAUUCAAUUUUCCCUAAAAAUGAAUCAAUUUUAAAAGAAUCUAUUGGGUUUUUCAAAAAUUCCAUAUAUAAUGAUUAUAAAAAUGAUGAAAUCAUUUUACAAUAUGUUAAAUUCAUUGCCACAUUAAGAAAAAUUAAAGAAUCUUAUUCAAUUUUGAAAAAUUUCUUGACAAAGCAAACUAUUAAAAACUUAACUUUUUUCAAAUCAUGGCAUUUAUUAGCCUUAAUUGUUUCAAUUGAAGAGAAUAAAGAUGAAUCAUUUAAAAUUAUUAAUUUUUUAAUUAAUGAAAUUGAUGAAUUUUUAGAAUUAACUCAAGGAGAAUCAUUAUCAAUUGAAUUGAAAAAUUGCUUUAUACAAAUCAAAAUCACACAUCUAAGUAUUAUUGAAUCAUUAUUAGGAGUUGAACAAAGUCUUGAUUCAUUACCUGAAUUAUUUGCCUUAUACAACAAUUUAUUCAAGGAGCCAAUUGUUCAAGAAUCUGAAAAAAUUGAAUCAAAAUCAAAUCAAUUACAUAGAACAUCCACAUUAGCCAAGAUCAAAUCAAUAAGAUCACAUAAAGAAGUGAAGACAACACCAGCACCAGCACCACCAACUAUAAAAAUAAGCAUUGAACAAGCCAAGUUAUUACAACAAAUUUGGUUAGUCACAUCAACGAUUUAUUCCAAGGCCAAUUUAUUUGAAGAUGCACAACAAGCUGUUUUAGAAGCUGAAAAGAGUUUUAAACAAACAAGUGAAACAUUAACCACAUUAGGAUUAAUUUCUAUUGUUGAUGAUCCACAAUUAUCAUUAAAAUCAUUUGAAAAAGCAUUAGAUAUUGAUCGUGAUUAUUCAUUAGCUAUAAUUGGAUUAUCUAAUUUAUUUUUACAUCAAAAUAGUGCACAAGCUAAGAUAUUUGUUAAUGAAAAGGAUUCAAGAGCUGCAAUUGCCAGAGUGAAAAUCUUGUUGGAAUUAUUAACAGAAAGGUUUAAUAGUUCAAUGAUUUCUGAAGUUUGGUAUUUAUUAUCACAAAUUUAUGAAGAAUAUGGAGAUAAAAAAAGAUUUAGAGAUGCUUUAUGGAAAAGUGUUGAUUUAGAGGAAACUAGACCAAUUCGUGAUUUUAGGUACGUUUGA